UAGUCUUGUUACGUGCCAGUAGGACGACCCUCUUAUCUCAUAGCAAUACCACUAUGUCUCUCUCGACAGUGGUGUUUGCACCGACUCGAGCCUUCUCCAUGAUGCCCUUGAACCAUGUAGUGGGGUACUCUCCAGGGCGUAGUCGUCAAGGCACGGAUACUCCUUUGGAUGAUAGUUGUGUCACGGCUACUAAGGUUCAUAUAAGAUAUGGCUUCAUCUACCUUCAUGCCAGCUCUUCUGACCCGGUAAUCACCUUGACUUGUAUUUCGACAGGCAUUUCUUGCCGCUGCCAUUCCUUUCUACAUAUCUGAAUCUGCUUCCCAGCGUUCUUGCGUUCUCUCCAGGCAUUCGCCAAAAUUCUCAGCCUUUACGAGAAGCAUUCUUUACAGUUCCUUUCAUUACGCUCUUUACAAUGCAGCUUCCACGGCCUGUCUUGUCCUCCCAGAGGUUCUCGCCAACAUCUGAUUACACAUACGAUGGGCAACAUGAGGUGGUGGCAACGACAAGGCAACCACUGAGUGAGUCAACGGGUAAUAUUCGAGCUCACACCCUUGCUGCCUCUGCUGCUUUAUGUUAUACUCAGCUCUCGCUAUCUCCAACUAUUCAUUCUAUUCCAACACCCCCAAUACUUCCUACCCAAGCCUUGACAUCGAGCUAUGGCACUAGUCUCCGGGGCGAACGGUCUUUACAUCGAAAUGCGUCUUUACAACCCUUACCAAUGGGCAACCCACGGGGCAGAAAAAACCCCAUAUACCACCACAAGAAUUUUGCGGAUUAUCGUAAUAAGGUCAUGCAGAAAGAGCUUGACAAAGAGCAACCUGUGUGGCCUGAUUGGUUAGAAGAUGCUUUUCUCGAUGCUCUUCUCCUUAUCCCCCAGCUUGGUCGGAAGAAAUUCAGUUCAAAGACAAUCCUCUACGGCCGGAAUAUGCUGAUAACGGAGUACCUUUGGAUCUAUCACUGGACACUACACCCACCUCGAAAGGGCGAACGAAUCCCAUCUGGAAAACAGAGAGAAAAGACCAAGGACAGUCCUGGGCAUCCUAUGUUUAGGUCACGAAAGCAAGUGUCGAGUCAUAUACAAGUCCUGAAAGGCUUUUUCCCUACCUUGUCUACAUUUCAUUUCAUCUUUCCUAGGCAGAAGGAUGGACUUGAUGAUGACAAGAGAAUUGUGAAGGAGGAGGAAGACACCGAAUCCUUCAAGAACAACCGCGUGCUCAUCUCGAUAGCCGAUGGGAGGUUACCAGACGAGCGACCGAACUACGAGUAUUUCUCACGACUGCUGAACGCCGAAAACGAUGUUUUUAUUCGACCAAAGCAGUGCUGGAUCUUUGUAUCUUCAUCGAAGGUUACCCUGAAAGAAAAACACGCAGCGUCGGAGGAUGGUACGAUGAAGAAGCAGCUAGUUGCUAGUCAUCCUGACGGUCUAUGUUUGACCGAGACCGACUAUCCUCACCUUAGACUUAAUGAAGGGAAAGAGUAUAAAGACUUGCCACGUCUGGGAAACCAACCGACAAUUUUGCUUCACGAAUACACAAGGUCUUUGGCCCAGAAGGAAUCCUCUUCAGUCAAGGAAAUUGCCGGCAAGUGGGAUAUCAGGUUCCCUGAGCUCCGGGAGAAGCUAACUGCUGCUCUUGACGACGUUCACCCGUCCGACGAGCUGAACUCGCGAUGUGUCGUUGGGCCCUGUGACACUUUUCACUUCGAGACAGUACUUGAUCUACAUUCCACUUCUAAAUUCCCAGCAGGUUCUGAUCUAAAUGGCCUUGUUGAGUUUACCAUUAGCAGGCCGGAUCAUCACAAUCACAGUUGGCGAUCUAGGACCUGCGUUAUUAAGCCAGAUGAACUCUACAUUUCAGAUGUAGAAAACGAGUGCUGGGAAGAAGGUAGUUCUAUCGAUGUCAUUCGCUCUCAUCGCGUAGGUUGUAGUGGCGUGGGCCGAUGUGACUGCAUCGCCCGUGGUAGUCGUGAUACUAUCACCGUGCCCUUCCCUGCUAACAGCUGGGCCAAUACUUUUAUCAAACUUGCACCGUUUGUAACGGCCGAGAGAGAGAGAAAGGACCGUGACCGAGUGGCUCGCGAGGCGGCGUCACUUAACGGCCGGGCUGAGCGGGAAGCAGCUAGGAUGAAGAAGGAGAACGAAGAGUCAUCUCACCUCAAAUCAAAGGGCCCCAGCCCCAAAGAUCUUUUAUCUCAAGUCGCCAUGUACCAAGAGGUAUGGUCGGCACCACAACACGAAGGAGGAAAUAGGAAUAACGACGAAGAUUCGUCUUCCAAGAGGAGUCGUGGAAAAUGGACACGUCGAGCAGUCAUACUAUGGACCUUUGUGCCCGUUCACGAUGACACCGACGACAGGGGAAAGACGACAGCAGUGCCGCCAGGAACUAACUGGCGCUUCCUAACUAAGAUUGACCCAACUUCUUCUUACCACCAGCAACAAGCCUACGUAUCUGGGACCCCGACAUCACUAUCCCGAGACAACAUCAUGAGUCCGAAUCCUGGGUACGCACAACACGUCAAUGCAGCCAUGCAGGAGAAUUUCAAUGCUGCUUACGACGCCAUGCCAACGGCCGCUUUUGCUUUACCAGGCUAUACUCAAACUCACAAUCAGCAACAUCUGCAGCAUCUACACCAACCAAGUCAUCUGACGGAGCUGAACGAUGUCUUGGAUGGAUUUUCGAACGGACUCACAACGCCGCCUCCCACUGCAACCCUUUCAAGCAAUUUCCCUCACAACUUUGACGCUAAUGGUACACAUAUCGACUCGGGCCACACACUGCACCAUCACCUGAGCUUCAUGUCUGAUGGGACGAGUGGCACGAGUAUGACAGAUCAUACUCAGGCUAGUCUGCUAGGUGGCCAUGACCCAAGCCCGACAGAGCCCUUCCUGUCCGGCCUCGACGUAUCAGAAUACAUUCCAGACUUCACAGCAGGACCUUCAAACACACUCAGUGACUUAACGACGCGUUACAUGGACAAUAACCCCCAGCUACCAGAUGUCAGUGGUGUCAGCUGGGCUGACACAAGCAGCCUUGCUGCAUCUACCACGGCAGAGCCACAGUGGGCUGCCAUCGCCGCUGCCGCAGCUGUAACCGUAGGCCACACGCAGCACGACUCCGAGUCAGAUCUCAGCCCCGUGAAUCAAGACACGUGGGCACCGUGGCAGGGCGCAGAGCUGAAUCAGCAAAUCUCCCCUAACUAUGGCCGACGCGCUUCUACAGGAUUGCUGUUCGACGAAGGGCUAGGUGGUCUGAAUGAAGGCGAGACUGCCGCGGGCUUUACCAUGCCUGCAACUGGACUGACGCCUCUACGCAACCAUUCCCUCGGCCACAUCCCGGCCCUCACUUCACACCCUUCCCCAACACUCGCGGGACGCAAGAGAUCACGGACGGAGAGCGUUGGCCUUGAUGACGAUGGCGACUGCGAUGGGUACCCUGUUCAUUCUAUCCGCAAGCUUGCGCAUCAUCCGGCAUCUGCUUACAGGGCCGAGAGCGUGGCGGAUAGUGGGGGUGCGCCUACGGCUGUUAUGGACGAAGCAACGGCUGGCUUCUUGUAGUGGGCUAGCCGUUGACCAGUUAUAUUUCUACUUGCGCUGGAUUCUUUCUAUCAUCUAAUAAGGUUGAAAACCUGAGCGAAAACCUUAGCUUCUGAUGAAUUGAGUGGAGGCAUAUUAGCAUGAGUAACAUGCAUUCCGGACCCGACUGGAUGGGCUGGCCUAAUCAUCUAUCUAU